AUGUCAUCAUCCAAUAGCCCUCUCAAGCCAAUCUUCGGUCUUGAUCUCGAACUCCUGCACAACGGAUUUUGGUUGAUGCACUAUGAUAGAGGCCGUAAUAAGCACAAGACUUGCUGGCUCAAGAAGGACGAUGACGACUUAAAAAUCAAGCUCUCAGAGGGAGUUAGCUUAUGGCGUGCCCAGCUCCGGUUCCCAACAUUUGACUCCGCCGACGUAGCAGCCGGGCUGCCCGAGUUUGAGGCCAUCAUCGAUGCGCUUCAUCACAGGAAUGGUGUUAUCGCUGUGAGGAAGUCUUGCUAUACGACACUCGACGUCAACGUCACGGUCGAAGGCGAUAAUAAAAUCUACGCGACGAAUCUAUUCGCUAAAAAGAUCGCUACCCUAGUCAUGCUCCUGGAAAAAUCGCUGCUCGUCAAGCUGGUGGCUCCAUAUUCAUGGCCCCGGAAAGUCGGCCUCGUGAGCGAAAUGUCAAAGGCGGCCCAGGGCCCAUGGCCCCAAGGCGAUCUUUUCAGCUCUGAGUACGCCUCCCAUGUGCCCAUGAUGGCAGCUAUGGAGCCAGCGACAGGGAACGACAGAGAUCUAGAGCUCAUGCACCGCAAGUUAGCUAUGAUUUGGUCAGCCCACUCACUGCGAGAGCUUGAGUGUGUCCUACGCCAAGGGUGUUUAAAUUGUGCCUUCUACUUGCGCGAUAUUGACAAUGGCGGGCCAUGGAAACUAAUCAGUGGUACCUUCAAAUAUAUGCAAGUGACCUUUGAUCCCGCAUUGCUCCGCAAUUGGGUCGAGGUCAUUGCCCGCAUCACCGAACUGGCUCUAGCUGGCCCUGACGAGUAUAAGAGAUGCCUCGAAGCCAUCUUCAGAAUUCAGUAUAAGACUAACAAAGAUGGCGUUCUCUGGGAGCAACUGAUGAAGCAUAUCCUUGGUCUAGAACACCGUAUCCCGGACUGGCGGGACCAGCUUGCUAGAUACGAGCAAGGAGAGGUCAUCGCGGGUGUGGACCCAAAUGGGCUGCUGCCAAAGCGGAUGGGCCCUUUUUACAGUCAACCGCCCAGGGGAUAUUUUUACGAUUCUGAUUUCCUGACUUAG